AAGUGCAGGACAGAGCAGCUGAGAUAAGAGCACAGGUAACGGCUCAAGAAAAUCACAUCCUUGACGACAUUAAAAACAUCCAAACAGAUCGUGAACAAAAACUGAACGAAUAUGAGAAAACUAUGGGCUUGGCAGUGGAGAGAUUUCAGUAUUCACUAGACACAGCAAGAGAGGUGACAAGGACUGCCUCGGAUAGUGACUUUCUCUCACUCUAUCCAACAAUCAGCAAAGACUUGAAAUUGUUGGCAGAUCAGAGUAUGCCUAAAGUUGACAACAGGCUUGCAUUUCUGAAGUUCAAGCCGAGUGAGGGUGUUGGUGGCAUCAGUCUGGGUGAGGUGGUGACGGAAGGCAAAUGGGAACUGUGUUGGGAGUUGGGUAGAGAGGGAAGCGGUCCAGGAGAGUUCGAUGGGGCUUGGGGCAUUGCUCCUCGUCAACCUGAUGAGAUUGCAGUGACUGACCUCUACAAACGAGUUGUGAUCUGCGGCAUCGAUGGCAACCAGAAAAACACGAUCCCGAUGCAAGGACGCCCACUCGGCAUCGCAGCUACACGCAGUGACAAUCGUUUGGUGGUUGUUGAGAAAGGUGCAUCCCAUGUAAAGGUGUUCAACAGCAACAACACGCUGGCAUACAAGUUCCCAACGGUGCCGCCGAGUGAGGUUGGUAAGACCGCGGUUGACCUCCGGAGCGUAGCUGUCAAGAAUGAUGGUACCAUUGCAGUGGGAGAUGUGGCGAGGAUGGUAUUGACAGUGCACAGCCCCACUGAUGGUGAGCUCCUUCAUACCAUACCAGUCAAGAUUGAACCUCAUUUUCUGGCUUUUCACAGCAAUGAUCAAGCGAUAAUAAGUGACAAUACAUCACAUACAGUGGAUAUUGCCGGUGGCAAUGGUACUUCAAAACGCACCUUCAAACCCAUCAUCAAUGGUCAACCAGUAUGUAACUGCAACGGUGUGUGCACUGAUGGCUCAGGUAUCUAUGUUGCAAUGUCUAAUGGUUUUAACACGGGUCAUGUCCACCACUAUGACCCUCAAGGUGGCUUUCUCAAGUGCAUCGCACAGGGUCUGUACUACCCACUGGGUAUCACAUUCUCAUCACAUGGGCAGCUGGCAGUGGCUGACUACAACUCAGUCAAAAUGUAUCGCCCGUUGUGAUACAACAUUGUAAUCAGUCAUGUCAAUUUCGCAUCAUUUGAGGCAUGUUGAUAGAAAAAGUAAAGAGCGGUCCUAUCACAACAAUGAAUUAAAAGUUUAAGAAUAUUGAUACAUCACGUAUUAUACAAAACAACGUAUACAGUAUUGGAUUACAUGUGUUACCUGUAUUAUUUUGACUUUCUGAUCAAUCGGUCAAUUUUGUCCACAAAAGUCGGCGGUUGUCUUAAUUUUAUCAAGUAUGAUUAUAAUGAGUCACC